UGCCAUGGACAGUUGGAAAAGUCGGCGAUUUUUUUUUCAUUUUGAUAAAAGGUGAAAAAAUUAUUAAUCCAAUUACAAAGGAAGCACAUGGACAUAUAAGUCAAGUAGAACCUGGCAGAACAUCAACUGAGCUAUGGUUUCAUUUUGAUGGAGAAAAAGCGGGGAAGAGGUUAACAAGAGACCAAUUUGAGACUGGAAUAAUGAAAGUGGACAAUACCACCAACUCAAGAUUUUGUGCUUCACUUACAUCUUUGUGCAACUUGAAUUUAAAGAGACGCACCACAGCAAAAAAAAGAAAGUCCACAACCAUGAUCACCCCUGAUGUGAACCUUGGUAAUGUCACAGAACUUGAAGAAGUGGAUACCAACAGCAUGAAAGAACUCAGCAACAAGUUCUUAGGUAAAUACACCGUCAAAGCCAGUCUGCUAGAGGAACCCCCAACCAAAUAUCUAGUGAGACCUACUAGUGAAAAGUGGGUUGGUGCAAUCAAAGAAAGUAUAAGAAAGACAUCAACACCUUUAGGAGCCACUACAAUAUUUCCUGUUUUGAUAGAUCCAAAACAGUUAAAGAACAUUGAUGACUUUAGGGCAGAAAAGAUGGUAGAAUAUAAGUUGCUAAGUAUUGGUGGAAAUCAUUUGAGAUGUGCUAUAAAGGACUUGUUUUCUGAAAAUCCUAGUAGAUUUUCAAGCUUUGAGACAGUUACUGUUAAAGUCUUUUGCUGUCUAACUGUGGAUGAGACCAAAUUAAUUGCAAACCAACACAACGCAAGUCUAGAUACAUUGCAGAUGACUUUUCAGGACAAAGUGCUACAAGCCAGAGAAUUAUUCACUAGAAACCCUGGAAAUGGUUUCAGAGACAGAGUGGCAGCAAACCUCACUGAUAUGACCCUUAAAGAUGUUAGUGCAGACAGCAUUACAACAGUUACAUCUGUUGCAAGUUAUGAAGAGUUAACAUUUGAGGAGGUUAACAAGAUGUUCACAGAAUACGAGGCUAAGCAUGGCCCUACAAAGAGCUUCCCUCAAAAAAUAUUUAGAGCAUUGCAGGGCACAGCUGAAGGGUGUAAAUUAAAAACCCUGAAGACAAUUAAUCAAGGCGUCCACACCAUUGGCAAAGCAGUUCUAACCCUAGAAAAGAAAAAGAAAAUCAUGCUUUUGAACGAAAUAUUUUUUAAAAUAACAAAUAGCAGUGCAGACAAUGCCAGAGUGUUAUAUCCAAACCAUUUUGAUAGAAUAGAAGAAUUUUGCACACUUGCAAUUGGUAAAACAGUCCCAAAGUUGUUUCUGGAUUUUUGUGAGGGGGCAAAAAAUGAAGCAGUAAUACCAUAUGAUGUUGCGUCAUCAACUAUAGAUAUAACCAUUCAGAUACCAGGAUGUAGUGGUGACAUUCACAAUAAUUUUCAUGUUCAAAAAUUGAUAAACAAACACAAAUUGACAUUAAAAAAAGAACUAUGUAAAAUUAAGCACAAAUUAAAUGUAUAUAUUGUUGAUAGAAUGGAUGUUUGUGAUGACACAAUUGAUGAUUGUUCAGAUUUAGUUGCUACAUUAGAUGAAUCAGGUAUUAUUGAUGAUUAUUCUGCAAUAGAUUCAAAUGAUGGUAAAGAUUGUUCUUUGGUUUCCAGUGAAACACCAUCAUUUGAAUCUAUUUCAGCAUCAUGUGCUGAAACUCAGUGCCCAUUAAGCUGCUUGAUAAUUCCAGAAACUCCCAUGUCUCAAUUAUAGUUCAAAUCCAAUUAACCAUUUGUGUUUACAAAUUUGUAUAUUCAAUGCAUUUAAAAAUAUGUCUAUCUUUGGCAUAUAAACAAUGGUGUGAGUACAUGUAUUACCAACCCAAUGCAACUUUUCCACAGAUUCACUUAUUUAAAGAAUUGAAUACUUCCUUUUGUAACUCCAUUGAGGUGUAAAAGCGUUGACUAAAGUACUUUUUGUAUGAAGCGCAAAAUCGCUUCAUUCUUAAAAUGUGCGCACAGUCAACACUUUUACAACCCUAUGAAGUUAUAAAAAGAAGCAUUCAAUACUUAUAAUUACAUUUUUUAGCUAGGAUAAUAAAACACAAAGGAGUAGGUCCGGUAAGGACUCAUUUUGGCCUCAAAUUUCAGUUUCAUCUGACGAAAGAUUUUGACCACUUUUUAAACACUUAAGUGUCUAUUUCACUUGAUUCAAUUAAUUUAUGUGAAGAAUUUUAAUUGAUUUAGUCAUUAAAAACUGUCCAAUUCAAGCUCAAAUAUGAAAAAUCUCUCAAAUCUGCCAAAAAACGACACUUUUCAGAUGGUUUUUGUCAAAAAAGAAAGUGGCCGCAUCCUUGUUCAUCCACAACCUUUAUAUAUGUUAUGUAUUAUCAUGAAAUACAACUUACAUUUCCAUAUUAAGGAUGAACACGAAUGCGGCCACUUUCGUUUUACACGGAAACCAUCUAAAAUUUAACUUAAAUGAUAGAAUUUUGAAGUUUUCCGUAAUUUAGCAUGACUUAAUAGUGCUACAACCCGAUAUAUGUUCAUUGUAUUGUCAAAAACUGCCCAUAUUUAUGUAGCAGAACCAUUUAACUGUCCAAUAAAUAACUAAAAGUUUACAUUUUAACAAUUUUGUAAAACUGUUAUUUUUUGGGGCCAAAAAGGGGUCUUACUGGACCUACUCCUUUUAUCAGUUUUGAUUUAAUUCAUCUGUGCACUUUAUUUCCGGAAUGAUAAAUUUUAUUGCAUAAUAAUUACAUUAGAUGUAUGUUUCAUUAUAAUACUUUAUUUUGAUUGGCUAACGACACAUCACUUGUUAUUCCGUAAGCAAUUGCAUCACUCAAUAAAACUUUUCAUUCAUGAUAGCACGUGGUCCCACAAUAAAGUGCACAGGUGAAUCAUAUACAAAAUUUAUAAAAUUCGUAUUUUCAUGAUCAUAGCUAAAAAAUGUAAUUAUAAGUAUUGAAUGCUUCUUUUUGUAACUUUAUAGGGGUGUAAAAGCGUUGACUGUGUGCACAUUUUUAGUAUGAAGCGCUUCUGCGUUUCAUACAAAAUGUACUUCGGUCAAUGCUUUUACACCCAAAUAAAUUUACAAAAAGAAGCAUUCAAUUCUUAAAUGCAAUUCUUAAGGAAUAAUGGGAGAUUUGCAAUAAUAGCCCUUCAAAUAACGUAUUACAUGUAUAAUGAAACAUACACUCUAAUGUACCAAUUAUUUGAUAGUUGAUUUAAACUUUUGGCACUUCUUUUGUUCCAUUGAACAAGUACAAUUAAAGCUAUUGUAUCCUGCGUAGUUUUUUCAAUUGGACCUUUUGAGUUUCUUCUUGUGGUGGUUACCCAACACCUUGGCUAAUUUUAAUUUGGGUCGUUUAAUUUUCAUAAAAUUUUGACAAAAUGUUACCUUUUACCCUUUGACAAAAAUAUAAAAACUUAAAAAAAUUUGAACCAACCACUUUAUCAGAAAAAAUUUAUUGGUUAUAUAGCAGUUUGACAAACACUUAUUUUAAUCAUCGAGAAGCAUAACAUUUCCUUAACAAACAAUGUGAUUAAAAAGUUUAGCUGAUUUUUACAGAGUUAUCUCCCUGUAGUGUUAGGUACCACCUUAAGAUAUCACUCUUCUAUUCAUUUACUUGAUUAAAAAAAAUAACUGCUAAAUAGAUAGUAAUAUCAUUUUUUAAAUUAAAUAAAUUGCAUUCGAUUUUGUGUUUUUAUUCAAUAUUGAUAAUAUUUUUUUUCAAUCUUUUAUAUUUUGAGACAUAAAAGUUUUAACAGAUAACUAUCAAGUGAAACUGUGGAAAAAUUUAAUUGGGUUUGCAAUAAUACUUCAACAAAAGACUCAACAGUGACACUUUUAAUCAUGAAUAAGGCUUCUAGUAUUUAUUUAUCUGGUUUAUUCUCUCUUAACUGCAAUUUUUUUAAAAGUAUUUUACAUAAUAUUUUAUAUCAAUUUUUUUUGAAAUUCUGUAUAAAUAAAAAAUAAACAAACAGUGGUAAACAUCGAAUGAUAUUUUGAAAACGCAGACUCAUUUUAUUGUUUUAUAUCCAUCCACCAAUUGUUUGAUUAUUGUUAAGAUUUAAUAAGUAUGAGUAAAAGUUAUCUUUAAUGAACUACAUGUAUGUUAAAUAAUUGGUACUAACAAAGUUCUUAAUUUUCAAAAUUGAUGUUGUUUUCUUCACUGUCAUUUGUUUGUAAGACUCAAUUUGUAUUAAGGAAAGAAUUACUCAGAACUAUGAAUAGAUAAACAAUUUUUAUCACAUUUCAAAAUUACUAAAAGGUAAAUAUCAAAUACCAUUAUUAUAACCUUGUAUGCCAUUAAUAUUCAUUGCAAUCAAAAUGAAAAUAGUUAUAACCUUUUUUUUAAUGAUAUCAUCAUGAUCAUAUUUAGCAGCUCAGUAUAUUUUUUUUUGUACAUGUGUACACUUUAUACAUUUUAAGAUUUUAGAUAUUUUAUUAUAAAUGUACACUUUUUUGUUUGAAACAAUAUCAUGAAAUUCAUUAGAAAACAAUGUAUGUCAGUUUUAGAUAUUUUGAAUAUAACUGUGCAUUAUCCCAUUUCUAUAUACAGCUUUUCUAUCCACCAAAAUCAUGCAUUUUUAAAAAGUUAAAGUUGAACAUGUCACUGUUCACAAAUGAACAAAAUAAUUAGAAAAAAGUCUUCUUUUUCCUGAAAUAACUAAGCUAUCUAAAUGUGCCUAUAUUUUAUAAGCCAAAAAUUUAAACCUCACAAAAUUAACCAACAAAACUAUAUGACCGACUAUGCAGUAUGGGCUUUGCUCAUUGUUGAAGGCCGUACAGUGACCUAUAGUUGAUAAUGUUUGUGUCAUUUUGGUCUUUUGUGGAUAGUUGUCUCAUUGGCAAUCAUACCACCUCUUCUUUUUUAUAUAUAUCAGUCGAUGUGUGUUCUGCGCCAAUAUGUAUAAUGGGAAUUGUUUGUCUUUUGGCUCAAUAGAAAAGAAAUUAAAUUGCUUAUUAAUCUAGACUAGUGCCUUCUAGGACCACUUAUUUUUAAAAAGAUUUUUUUAUUGCGAUUGAUUAAGGAGGCUUGCAGGUAUAAAAUUUUUAGAAAAAAAUCAAACGUUUAUUUUUCAUUACAAAUUUUAUUAAUUACCUUAAGAAGUUGUUACAUUAUCAUAUGGUACAAAACUUAUUCCAACAAAUCAAUAUGUGUUGGCCCCAGGUGACUUUUAGAAUGUAGAUAUCAUUGAAAAGGCUCCAAAUUAUCUCCCUUGGGUGCAAAAAUGCCAUAUUUUGGCAUUAAAAUUUUAGAUAUCUUUUUUAACUCAUCGAUGACCUAUAUUUAUCUUCAUUGAUAUAUUUCCAUCUGUGAUAUUUUAAAUAUUGUACAUGUACGGUAGUUAGUAUUUUUGUAGGAGUUUUGUUGAUCAAACCACUUUUUUGUUACUGUUAA